GCCACCGUAGGGGCAACACGGGCACGAGCCCUUCACGUUUCCACAAUCCCGUCGCCGCACAGCCUCCCCUGGCGCCGCCACGAGCCGUCGCGAGACGCCGGGAAUGGAGAAUCCCGACGGGGCGAGGAAGAAGAAGGGGAGGAGGAGAAGCGGCGGCGAGGCGUCCGCCUCCUUCGACCGCGACGUCUUCCCCAUCCUCCUCGCGGCCGUCACGCCAACGACCGGACCGAACCAACGCGCCUCCUCCUCCGCCGCCGCCGCCGCGCGCCUCCUGCGCCGCCUUCUCUCCCGCUCGCCCCCGGCGCCGGCGCUCUCCCCUCUCCCCGGAUCCCUCGUCGCGCUCCUACCGCUCCUCCUCUCCUCCAGCUCGCAUUCCGUGGCCGCGCUGAGCUGCGAGGUGAUGGGCGCGGCGGCGCUGCAGUCCAUGGAGGCCGCCGAGGCGCUAGCAUCCGACGGCGGGGUCGCCGGUGGCUUGGCGCGGGCGCUGGGGGGUGGCAGCCAGCGAGUGGCCGAGGCUGCCUGCAAUGCCGUGAUGGAUCUGUCGGCGUCUCCGGUUGGCAGGGAACGUCUCUCGGGCUCCCCUGUUCUGCCGAGGCUAUUGUAUCUAUUUUCUCAGGUGGAAUCUAUUUCCAGGGCUGUUGGUAGCGGGAGCACCGGGUGCCAAGCAAGAGUUUCAGAGCCAAGUAAAUGUUUGUACUUGAUCGUCGACACAGUGGUGCUCAUGGUGAACUCCUGUAAAGUCGGCAAGUUACACAAUCUGCAACAGGAGCUAGUUAGAAAAGUUACGCUUUUGUUGUAUGAAGUAUGGAGCAAAGUUAGACUCUUGCAGUCAUCAACAGACUGCACCAACUGGAAGGAUCAACUUCAAAGCAGACCAUAUGAGAUAUCUGAAGCUAUUUUUAGGCUUACGAUGGAUCUUGAUUGUCCAGCCCACCUGGAACCUGAUGAAGUCAGAAAAAGCUUUUUUGGACAAACGGAAUCUGAUGUCGAAAAGUUUGCCCUGAUGUACUGGGAAAACUCACCUUAUUUAUACAGGAAGAGACAAAGUGAUCUGGAGGGGGAUGAUGUGUUCACUGCAUUGCAUAACGCUUUUGAUCUUAGAACACCAGAUGCUAUUGUCGAGUCAUUCAUACGGGGCCUUGUUUCUUGCCCUGCUAUUGCUUCGGAUGAACUAAACAUAGAUUCAUUUCUUGAUGAGGUUCACGAUUCCUUGGGUGCUCCUGUGAAGUAUAGGCAAGAUGUAAGAGUCGUGAGAACACGAGAUCAGACCUCAACAGGAUCUGGGGUGGAGGAGCAUUUCUUUGAUGAUGGCAUGGUCUUCCCAGAUGGAACUGCAUUUGUUGAACAAUGUAAGGACGCAAUCAAGAAUGGUUUCUCAAUCGCCUUGCGUGGCAUGGAGUUCCGGUCUGAAAAAGUUGCUGCUAUAGCCUCUGCUCUAGCUGAUCUAUUUGGUCAGCCUUCUGUAGGGGCCAACAUAUACUUCUCACCCCCAGGAUCUCAAGGCCUGGCCCGGCAUUAUGACGACCACUGUGUGCUUGUUUGGCAGCUACUUGGGCGCAAGAAGUGGAAGAUCUGGCCCAAUACAAAGUCAAUUUUGCCUAGACUAUAUGAACCCUUUCACUCUUUAGAUGGCUUGGUGGAUGAUAGUGGCGGAAGGGUGGAAGUUCUACAUGAAGGAGACAUAAUGUAUGUUCCUAGAGGCCAUGUGCAUGAGGCUCACACUGACGUCGACGAAGGUGAAUCUGAAGUCGACGUGUCCACCAACUACUCGCUCCAUUUGACCCUUGCCAUCGAAGUUGAGCCACCCUUUGAAUGGGAAGGGUUUGUGCACAUUGCUCUGCACUGCUGGUUGGAGGAGCAGGAACUUGUGAGGAGCCCUGGAUCUGUCCAGUCCAAGCUGGAAGAACAAGCUCCGUUAUUUGCUCUCCUGCUGCAUGUGGCCAUCAGGUUGCUCUCCAACAGCGAUCCUAGCCUUCGAAAAGCGUGCAUGGUUGCGGCAAAGCUCCCGUCAUCCAGUAACUCUCUGAGAAGCAGCCAUAGGUCAACCUUCGCUGAGAUACUCCACAACAUCAACAGGAACUGUGGCUUCGAGGAUGCGCUGAGGUCAGUCGAGCUCGUGGUCAAGGAGAGAAACGAUGAGCCCUUCCAGUGGAUGUCCUGGCUCCGGCAUCUCCCGCAGCAGCACGGUCGCAGCAGGAUCGACUUCUGCGACGUCCUGGGGCCCUUGGAAGAGCUUCUUGACAUGUUCAUCUCCGAUCGUGAGCGAGCCUCGGCCGAUUUCGCCGAUUUCAAGUCAAGGUUCUGUAGUCGUGCCGUGUACGACGACGCCUGCAGGGAGUUCGAGGCGCUGCUCGUUCUGUAUCGGACGGCUCGGACGCGGUACGCCAAGGGCAUGCUCGCGUUGCACGGGAAGCAUGGUGGGUGACUGCUCCAGAGCUCCCCCAUUUUUGCCGAACAGUUUUUCCUGUACACACGCUGCGAACGCGGUGUCCGUUGCAGCAUUGGUUGUUUCGUCGUCGGUCUUGCAACCUGGAGUAGUUUGCGGUUUCCA